UUUUUUCAAAUCUACAAUUGUUCUGAAAAUAGAUAGUGAAUGUAUGAUUUACUAAUAAAAUAAUUUUUCCCUCGAAUAUAUAUAGUUCCACCUCCGGUCAGAAAGGUUCGUGGGGUUGCCGCAAACGCUAAUCUCGAAAAAAAAAGGAGAGAAGCUGGUAAGCCCUUACCGGUGGAGGUAGAUCUUGAAACCGGCAAAGUAGUUGGCACUGAAGCCAGCAAUUAUGUUCGAUUUCUUGGCCAACAAGUGAGCAUGUUGUGCCCGGGUGGUCAUCUAAAUUUUUCCGAUGUACCCCAACAAUACAAGGAUCAAGUGCUCAAUCGAAUCAGAUACUACUUUGAUAUCGAUGGGAAUCCCCACCGAGACCUACUUAUGGGGACUUUAUAUUCGGUGAUGGCGGAGCGGUAUAGUGAGCGAAAGACGCUCAGACACAAGCAUUUCAAACAACAUUACAAAAAACCAGAAGAUUGGGACACAGUUCUCAAAUUCCCCCCUGACUACUUGAAUACUGAGACUUGGAAACCGGUUUGCGAAUUGUUCGUUAGCGAGGCAUUUUUGAAUCGUUCAACUAAAAAUAAAUCGAAUCGGCAACUAAUGAAAUAUCCAACAACGCAAGGCACAAAAUCGUUGGCGUCCAUACGCCACGGAAUGGGGGGUACUCCUGGAGAGCAUGUAGUUGACGCAUGGAAGGAGAUCCAUGUGAAAAAACCGUCUGGAACUUUCGUUAAUGAAUUAGCUGCAAAAGAUUAUGAGGAACUGAUCAAGGAGCUUGAUAGGAAGCGACUUGAACGACAAUCCCAGAGCGAUACCGGACCGAAUCGAAUCCGAUGCGGUUAUCGGUUUGACGUAAUGGAAACGAGUUCUAGGCCAAAGAUCCGACUAUCAAAGAGGCGUGGGUAA